UCGUUUCUUCCCUGAAGUGUUGAAAUAAGCUUGUCAUCAAUUUGAAAGGACAUGCAUGUGACAGGAUACUAUGGUGUGGGUUUUAUACGUGGGCACUCCUUUAUAAAAGCAGAUCAGGGAGUCUGAAUUUACACUUUCAGUUUGAUCAAGUGGCAUCUUCACAAUGGUUAAAAUAAUCAUCAUCACCAUUGUGCUUUUCUUUAAGAUGUCAUACACCUUUGCUCAGUCAGAUGGGACCUUUUUGAUCUACAAUGCUUAUAAAAACCGAUGCUUAGGACACAGCCUGCAGUGGCUGGAUGUGUGUGACCCUCAUAGUGUGAGACAACAGUUCCGCUGGACAUCAGAGAACCGCAUCUUCAAUGUUGUCCAGAAGAAAUGCCUCGGCACAGGGAGCAAAAAAGAGGGAAAUACUCUGCAGUGGUACAACUGUGACGGUAACAAUGAUCUUAUGAAGUGGGAGUGCCGCACCAACUCAUUAUUUGCCCUGAUGAACGAGACUCUGUACUUGUCUGCUCAGGACAAUUCUAAUUCACUAGUACUGUCCAUAGACCCAGGAGAGAAGGGCAAGUGGACUCUUCAUGGAACAACGGAAAGCGUUUGCUCUCGGCCGUAUGAAGAAAUGUACACACUUCAAGGGAAUUCCUUUGGACGUCCAUGUCAAUUCCCAUUUCGUUACAAAAACAACUGGUAUGCAGACUGCACAAAAGAAGAUUCAGCAAAGAAGCGUCUAUGGUGUGCAAUUGAAAGUGUAUAUGAAGUUAAUGAGCUCUGGGGUUAUUGCCCAACACGUGAAAAGGCUGGUGAUGAUUCCUGGAAGAAGAACCCUCAAACAAACGUUUAUUACCAGGUGAAUGACCAAUCUGCACUGACCUGGGAUCAGGCCAGGAAGAGCUGCCAGCAACAGGGAGGAGACCUGUUAAGCAUCACUGAGCCCCACGAGCAGACCUUCAUAUCAGGGUUGAUUCAGCAGACCGGGUCAGUCUUGUGGACAGGGCUGAACAGUUUGGAUUCAUCCAGGGGAUGGCACUGGGUCAAUGGACAACCUUUACGUUACCUGAAAUGGAUGAGUGGACAACCAUCUUCUCUACCAGGCCACAGCUGUGGAGUGCUAAGUCAGCUUUAUGGCUCUGAAUGGUCCACUGCUGUUUGCUCUGAGAAGCAUGGAUAUAUCUGCCAAAGAGGCCUCAUUACCCCCACUGUUCCACCAGUUGUGCACACAGGUUCUUGCUACAGUCCGUGGAUCCCUUACUCAGGACACUGCUACUUACUCAGUCGCACAAAGAAAACAUGGCUGGAGGCAAAAGAUGCCUGUCGACGUGAGGGUGGAGAUUUGCUGAGCAUCCUUAAUGUAGAAGAACAAAGCUUCACCAUCUCACAACUGGGAUACGCAAAGGAAGACGAGCUGUGGAUUGGUUUUAAUGACCUUAAGACUUCGAUGCUGUUUGAGUGGAGUGAUCACUCUAAUGUCCCGUAUGCCUUGUGGGACGUGAAUGAGCCGAGCCACGAUUCUGCUCUUAAAGAAGACUGUGUGAUAUUGAAAGGAGAGGAGGGAAAAUGGGCCGACCAGAACUGUCAGCAAAAGUAUGGAUACAUCUGCAAGAAAAAAUCCCAUCUAAAGCCAUCCACUAAUGACACUGUUGUUUCCAGUCCUGGUUGCAAACCUGGUUGGGUCAGGUACGGCUACUACUGCUAUCUAGCUGGAUCAGAGACUAAGAGCUUUGAUGAAGCCAAACAGAUGUGUGAGAAAACUGGAUCAUAUUUGGCAGACAUUACAAACAGAAUUGAAAAUGCAUUCCUGGUGAGUCUAAUUGGAGCACGACCAGAGAAGCAUUUUUGGGUUGGAUUGUCCAAUCAGAAGGAUAAACACACGUUUGAAUGGACUAACACCAAGGCCAAGGUUUCAUUCACACAUUUCAAUGCUGGAAUGCCAGGUGGGAAACAAGGCUGUGUUGCCAUUACCACCGGAAUGCUUGCUGGGCUGUGGGAUGUGCUAAGUUGCACUAAUGCAGAGAAAUACAUCUGCAAGCAGAAAGCUGAGGGGGUGAUCACAACUGCGGCCCCCCCGACUACUCCUGCUCCCAGCUGCCCUUCUGAAUGGAAUCCAGUACCAAACAGAGAUCUGUGCUACAAGCUGUUUAUAGUAGAUCGAAGCAAGGAGAAGACGUGGUCUGAGGCUCUGGCCUACUGCCGGGAGGUUGGGGGUGAUCUGCUCAGCAUCCACAGUGCUCAUGACAUACAAAUAACCAGAGUUAGGACUGCAUGGAUUGGCUACAGCAUCCAGGACCCCUCUGCUGGGUACACAUGGAGUGACGGUUCCUCUUCAUCCUAUCAAGCUUGGAUGGAGGGGGAACCAAACAAUUUCAACAAUGUGGAAAAAUGUGCCACAGUAAAUUCACGGUAUUCAUGGUAUAGAGGAACGCCUGAAUGGAAUGAUGUGCAUUGUGAAGACAAAUAUGACUGGUUUUGUGAGAUUCGAAAAGGCGUCACACCAAAGCAAGUGGAAAUUACAGAGACUAAGAAUUAUAACAGAACAGAAGAUGGCUGGAUCAUAUAUAAGGACAAUCAUUAUUAUAUCAGUUCUUUUAGAUACGAGUCCAUGGAAGGUGGACGGAAAUUCUGUAAGAGCAAGCAUGGUGAUCUUGUGGUGAUUAAUGAUGAGGAAGAGAGGGUUUUUCUGUGGCAUCAGAUACGUAACGCUUAUUCAGGUAGAACUUAUUAUAUUGGAAUGACAAUUGAUAUGGAUAAGUCUUUAAGCUGGAUGGAUGACUCUCCGAUAGUAUUCCAGGCAUGGGCACAAAAUCAGCCGGCUUUUGCAAACAAUGAUGAGAACUGUGUAGGGAUGACCAAUUCUCAAGGUCUUUGGGAAAGUAUGAAUUGUGGGGAUGACGCACGGGUUAUCUGCAAACGAAGUGGGCCUGCUCCAAUCAAUGCUACUGUUGCCCCUACUGUGCCCCCCACUGGAGGCUGUGCUCCUGAAUGGGUGAAAAUUCAGGACAAGUGUUACAAACUAAAUCUGGAGAAGAAAAACUGGACUGAUGCCAGAUCAUCCUGCAUACGGGUUGGAGGAAAUCUAGCAUCUGUAUCUAAUUCCUUCCAACAAGACUUUUUAACCUCAAAGAUGGCAAAUGAGGAUGACAUCCCAGAUUUAUGGCUUGGGUUGAAUAGUUUGGUGUCCGGAAGAUUUAGAUGGACUGAUGGAAGUUCUGUCACUUUCACAGGCUGGUCCAAAGAUGAACCAAACAGAUAUUUCCGGAAUCGGGUGUCAGGAUCGCCAACAUGGCGGAAGAUUUCGGCUUCAUUUUCAUUGAAUGAAUGGGAAUGGAGACACGACGACGAUCUUUUUUUACAGUCUCUGUUUGGCAAGUGUGUUGCAAAUGGAGGCAGGCAAAGAUCUGAACCUGGCAAAUGGGUGACCAAGGCCUGCAGUGAAUUAAGUGGCUAUAUUUGCAGUCGGGCUCUGGAUCGCUUAAUCACCCCAACUCCCACAGAGCUGCCCAAAACGUUCAUCAAGCUUGAAAAUUCUUCUUACAUGUUCGUCCAAACAAACAUGACCUGGAAUGAAGCACAGAAACACUGUACGUCUUUGGGAGCAAAUCUGGCCAGCAUUCGGGACGCCUUUACCCAGUCCUACCUUGCUGUGCAGGUUCACAACCUCAACCUACCAUUGUGGAUCGGGCUUAACAGCAUGGAGACAGAUGGCUACUUCCGGUGGAUUGAUAACUGGCAUUUACAAAUGGAGAGGUGGGAUCAUUAUGAACCCAAGAAGGACCGUCCCUGCGUUUACAUGGACGUAAAUGGAAAGUGGAAAACUGCCCUGUGCAACCAAACCUACUACAGUGUGUGUAAGCAGUCGACAGAUGUUGCCCCUACACCACCAACUCAGUUUCCAGGCCGGUGCCCUGAGGAAACAAACGGUGAACCCAAGAUGACAUGGCUGCCUUAUAGAGGGCACUGUUAUGCAUUUGUGACCUCAGAAACAUCCUGGAGCGUUGCAUCUGGCAUCUGUCUGAGACGAGGAGGCAGUCUUGUCACUAUUCAAGACAAAAACGAGACAUCUUUUUUAGAGAAAUACAUCAGUUUAUUUGGCAAUGAUCAUAGUGACUUUUGGAUAGGUCUUUUCAAGACUCAUGAUGGACACUGGAAGUGGCUGGACAACAGUGUGGUAGAUUUCACUAACUGGGAGGAAUCUGUAAAUCCUGAUGAGAAUCAUGGUGAUUAUGAUGAUGAUUAUCAUUAUUCUUAUAGGAGUAAACAGUGCACAGUCAUCUCUUCCAGAACUAAACAAUGGAGACCAGUACACUGUGAACACAAUUCCGACAUGUACAUCUGCAAAACAGCCAAAGCAGUUAUAAGUUCAACCAUCCCAUCAGACCAACCAGUUGUUGAAUCGAGGACACAUGCUGCUGUUGUGUCGGUGGUCAUGGUGAUAUUGGUGGUAGCUGUGCUGGGUGUACUGGCCUACGCAUACUACCAAAAACCCAAAACCAGGGUCGCUUCUCCCACAGUUGUGAACCCACUGUAUUACACUACAGAAACCCUCCAGUCAGAAGAGAAAGACACCAAAAACUUAGUAAACAAUAUAUGCAUAGAUGAAUAGACAUUUGUCUGUAUGUAAAUUAUGAUAACUGGAAUUGAAAAUGGAAAUUGAUUAGAUUGAUGAGGUUUGCAAUGACAAUUAAGCUUUUAAUCGUGUAUGUUUUUUAUACCAUUUGCAUGAGCUUUGUAUAUCUGUAUAAAUGGUGUUUACGUUGGAUUUGUGUGUGGAUCACUUUACCUUAAAAUUGCCUCAUAUUGUCAGUGUUUUGUCACCUAUGCAACGAAAGACUGAACAAAGCUAAUGAAAGCUAAUGAUCAGCCAUCAUUAGAUUAUAUAAAAAUCAUUAGAAUUAGUUUUGCUUUUUUUAAUUUCACUUUUUUUAAUGCAAGCA